AUGAGAUUCUCCGAGCAUUUCUCCCUUGCCAACAUUCCGUACGGAAUCGCCAGUGACGCGAACCAUGCAAAAGGCGUAGUCACGAGAGUGGGGGACUUGGUCGUCUUCCUCUCUGACCUUGAUCUCACAAAUCCCGCGGAUAUCAAGUCCGCUUUGUCUCAGCCGACCCUUAAUGCCCUGGCGGCAGUAGGGAAGACCGAGCUCGGGAUCCUCCGAAAGAACAUUCAACAAACCCUUUCCGACGAAUCGACUCUGUCUGAACACGGCGUACCGAUCGCUGAGGUUCAGCUACACUUGCCAAUCAAAGUAGACGGCUUCACCGAUUUCUCGUGCUCCAAAGAACAUCUUUUGAAUGCGUCAGAGGCAGUCGUGGGCAAGGCCUCCAUGCCACCCGCAGCACCAUACCUCCCUAUCGGCUACAGUGGUCGGCCUUCUUCGAUUGUACUUUCGGGGACGAAUAUCACGCGGCCGUACGGGCAAUAUCGUGACGGAAACAGUAUUGGUUUCGGUCCCUCCAGAGCGCUCGAUUACGAGCUGGAGGUGGCUUGCAUUAUUGGGAAGCCGACGCAGCUUGGAGACCGCGUAGCUGUGACGGAUGCCGACGAGCACAUAUUUGGUCUCGUUCUGCUGAACGACUGGAGUGCUCGCGAUAUCCAAGGAUUUGAGAUGAGUCCGCUGGGACCGAUGAAUGGCAAGUCAUUCGGAACGUCCGUCAGUCCGUGGGUGAUCACACUCGAAGCACUCGAACCUUUUGCAACACAACCUCCUCCGAAGGAUAUACCCUCGCAGCCAUACUUGUUGGACAACAAGGAAAAAUCGAGUUACAACAUCGCCUUGAAGGCCGAAGUAGUAACUGGCGACGGGGCUACGACGGUGUGUAAGGCGCAGCUCAGCUGGAUGUACUGGACGUUCCGCGACCUCGUGGCCCAGCAAACAAUCAAUGGAUGUAAUCUCAACACUGGCGAUAUUCUGGCGACGGGGACGGUGUCGGGAGCCGGCGAUGACGAGCACGGGUGUCUGCUAGAGAUGACCAAGGGCGGCAAGGUCGGUUGGAAGACGUCCACUGGUCAGGACAGGACGUAUUUGCAGGACGGAGACGGCGUGCGCAUCAGCGGGCAAGCUGGGGAUGGCGUGGGGUUUGGUGACUGCGUGGGGUUCAUCGGGGCCGCUCGGCCGUUUGGAACAGCACAGGUCCAUUUGUGAAGCGACAAUGGGUCGUUGGCAAGAAUGAGGAGCCUCGGAACUUGAACGAGUAAGGCAGGGCUGGAGUGCAGAUAGGGCGAAGGGAGCCGGUGUCCAGGGGAGCUCCAGGCUUGAUUCACUAUUACGCAGCAAAAGGCCUCGACUCGAGGUCUC